GCUGAACUGUCCCCGGGAGCCUCUUCCGCUUGAGGCCCCCGAGUUCGGCCACAGCAGGCGCCGCUCCCAUCCGGCCACGGGGUCCCCGCGUGGCUCCGGAAAUGCCCGAGGGGCUCCCGUACUGUCCCACAAGGGACUCAUCGGAGCUCCGGAGCCGGAGGUAGGGACUGCCAUGGCACAGUCGGCAUGGACUCGGGUAGCCCCGGUGACCCUAGUGGCUCUCUGGCUGGUCCUGUCCCUGUCGCCCACGGACGCUCAGGUUAACCUGAGCUCUGUGGACUUCUUGGACCUCCCGACGCUGCUUGGGGUUCCCGUGGACCCCAAGAGGGCACGCGGAUACCUACUGGUGGCCCGGCCGGCCGACGCCUGCCUCGCCAUCGAGGGCCCCAGGCCCGACAACCUCUCACUGGACCCACUCGUGCUGGUCCGGCCCCUGGGCUGCUCGUGGGAGAACACAGGGCGGCGAGCACGGAGAGCUGGAGCCACAGCAGCCUCAGUGGGCCCUGAGGCCCCAGAGCAGCUUCGCGUGUUUGAGGACCUGGAGGUGACCGUGCGCUGCGACCAGCCAGCACGCGUGCUGCUGCCCCACGGGGAGCCCUGCCCCGACCCCGAGUGUCACCCCGUAGUGGCUGCGUCCUGGGCGCUCGCCCGAGCCCUGGCCCUGGCCGCGUCUACGCUGUUCGUGCUGCGGCAGCUGUGGCCGUGGGUCCGGGGCUGGGGUAGCCGAGGCACCGCGGUGAAGACGCAGACGUGCCAGAAGGCGCAGGUGCGCACGUUCACGCGCCUCAGCGACCUGUGCGCCAUCUGCCUGGACGACUACGAGGAGGGGGAACGGCUCAAGAUCCUGCCGUGCGCGCAUGCGUACCACUGUCGCUGCAUCGACCCCUGGUUCUCGCGCGCCGCGCAGCGUUCAUGCCCCCUGUGCAAGCAGUCGGUGGCCAGCACGCACGACGGUUCCACGGACGGCAGCGUAGGCGGCGACGAACCACCCCUGCCCGGACACCGUCCGCCCAUCUGGGCCAUCCAGGCCCGGCUGCGCUCCCGCAGGCUCGAGCUGCUAGCCCGGACAGUCCCCUGCCGUCGCUGCAGCAGCACCACGUCCCUGGGGGUGGCAGAGAACGCGGCGCCGUCAGAAGCCACGCCCGAACCCUCCUGACCCCAACUGACGCGGGAAGGGCGGAAACCAGGCAGGGGAGGUGGUGGUGGGGUGCCCAAUAAAGAGUGUUUG